UGGACGGUAAGAAGUCCAGAUACAUUAGUGAAUUUAGCCUGCCCUGUGUGGUUUCAAAAUGAGUACUUAUACAGACACACAGCCUGAAGGUGCAGCUCCCACAUUCAUUCUUUCAUUCAUUUCCACAUGCUAAGAGUGCAAGCAACUACUCAUCACUUUACACGAGAGGCAGAAGAAGAUGAAGUGAAGAAAUAAAAAAGGUAAUUAAGUAAUUAAUUAAGGCAGAGUUGAGAUGGAAUGGUGUUCAGGAAGGGAAAAGAUGACAAUCGAUGCAACUCCUAAGGUUCCUUCAGGUGAUGGUCCCUAUGUUCGAGCCAAACAUGCUCAGUUGGUGGAAAAGGAUUUGGAAGGAGCAGUAGUAUGGUUUUGGAAGGCCAUAAAUGGAGGGGAUAGGGUAGGAAGUGCCCUUAAAGACAUGGCCGUGGUGAUGAAACAAUUGGAUCGAUGUGAAGAAGCCAUUGAAGCCAUCAAAUCAUUUCGUGUUCUUUGCCCCACCCAAUCUCAGGAUUCCUUUGACAACGUCCUUCUGGAUUUAUACAAGAAAUGUGGAAAAGUGGAUGAACAAAUCACGUUAAUAAAGCAGAAGCUAAGAAAGAUAUAUCAAGGGAAGGUCUUCAAUGGCAAACCAACCAAAACUGCUCGUUCCCAUGGCAAAAAGUUUCAAGUUUCUGUCACGCAAGAGAGUGCCAGAUUACUGGGAAGUUUGGGCUGGGCUUACAUGCUGAAGCACGACUACAUAACAGCAGAAGUGGUGUACCGAAAGGCCCAAAUGAUUGAUGCAGACUGCAACAAAGCCUGUAACCUGGUCCAGUGCUUGAUCAAGCAAUCCCGAUACGACGAAGCCCGUUUCUUCCUUGAAGAAAUGUGGAAGGGGAGCUACCCGGGUUCGGAUGAACCGAAAACCAUAACCCGGAUGGAAGAAUUGGUGUCCGAAUUGGAGCUUAUACGGAAGCUGCAGCCCACAUAUUCCGUACAGAGUCUUCCAGAGCUGGAUGAUGAUUUUUUUAGUGGGCUUGAUGGAGUGAUGAGUGAGUUGGGCCCGUUAAGGUCAAGAAGGCUGCCCGUGUUUGAAGAGAUUACUCCCGUUAGAGAUCAGCUGGCUUGUUAAUUAUAUGCAAAUUUGCAUAACUGUAAUUAUUAGAGCCUGUUUGUUGAUGUAAAUAUGCCUAAAAUUACUUGAAUUUACUUUAUUGUUACUUCAUUACUCCAAUAUAGUUAUUAUAAAAACUUAAUACAAGUGGU